UCGUCUUCCUCACACACACUAGUGGACCGGAGUUGUGCUCUUCCACGGGAAUGGGAGCAAGCUGGACUUUACAGAUGAACUUACACGUCCCCAUGUAGACACGAGCCUCUGCUCAGCCACGGCAAACUACAGUCCUCCCCGAAGGAGGAAUGCCUGCUCCUGAGCAGAGCCCAGUGACGGAGGAGGGGCUUCUGCUGACCAUCCACGACAGCUCAACGGGCCGCAAAAUGGAGGCUGACAACACAGCCAACAACAUCCUGGCCUCCGUCAAAGAGCAGGAGCUUCAGUUUGAGCGGCUGACCAGGGAGCUGGAAGUGGAGAGGCAGAUUGUGGCCAGUCAACUGGAAAGAUGCAGACUCGGGGCCGAGUCACCAGGCACCGGUAGCAGCAGCUCAUCUGAGAAGUCCCUGCCAUGGAAACCUGCAGAUAUCUCCGCCUCAGGGGACACCAAGUCUCGGGUGCCUGACAGCUCCCAGUCACCCAGCUAUCGAAUUAGGGCUGAAUCGGAGCAGGUGUCGGUGUACUCCCCGGAGCAGUCUUCUCUUCAUGAAAGUGAGGGGUCUGGAGGGAAUUCAUGUGGCUCAGCUCAGAUGAACUCUUACUCAGAUAGUGGCUAUCAGGAUGCCAGCAGUGGCUACAUCAGCAGCCAGAGCCAGGGCAAGGCAGAGCUGAGGAUACAGCACUCCUUCCCUGGCGCUGGCACCGGCACGCUGAUAAGGAAUGCCAAGGCUGAGGGCCAGGCUUCAGCACAGAUUCAUGCAGUCACGACAGCAGUGCCUGGCCGUGCUAUGCGAAGGGUUAGCUCAGUGCCUUCUCGCGCUCACUCGCCAGCCUACGCCAGCAGUAUCUCCCCAUCCCGCGGCUCCCUGCGUACCUCAGCUGGCAGUGCCUACGGCUCCCCCAUCAUAAGCGAACCCAAACCCCUCUCCAGCAUCUACUCGACUACCUUGCCCUCUGCCCAGCGCACCAGUAGCGCAGGUGGCGGCGGCGGCGGCUCACCUUACUCUACCCAGAAAAACUCCCCAUCUGGAGUGCGCCGCAUGGGCUCCACCAACUCCCGCUCUGGAAGCGCUAGUCGCACCACUUCACCCUAUCAUACCUCUGCAGGUUCAUCCACGGGCCGCAUGGGCUCACCUCUGACCAUGCUGGACGGUAUCAACCCUCCACUGACGAAGCAGCCCACUCACUCAUCGUCUCCAGUCAGGGCCAGUAUGACCGCUGUGCCCCAGCACUACAGCUCCACUCUGCCUCGCUCUGUGCUCCACAACACUGACCCCUAUGGACCUCAGAGUUACGACAUUUACGAGAGGAUGACGCGACCUGACAGCCUUGCAGAUGCCCUUGUUGAUGGUGACAUUCAAGGAAUUCGGAGCUCGUACGCCAGUCAGCACAGCCACCUCGGCCAGGACAUGAGGGCCACCAUUUCCCCAGACCGCCACAUCGGACCGAUCUACGAGGACCGGACUCUCCGGGGCCCGUUGUACCGCAGCCCCAGCCACACGCAGCAGGGCACCCUCUACAGGAGCAGUUCAGGUGUUGGGAGUCUGCAGAGGACCUCCAGCCAGCGCAGUACCAUGACUUACCAAAGAAACAACUAUGCUCUUAACUCUUCAGCUACCUAUGCUGACCCGUACCGCUCAGCACAGUACCGACCGCACGACCCGACCUACUCCCGGCCGCCUCUCGUCCUGGAUGACGAUCCCACCCGCUCGCCCUCAAUAGACAGUAUUCAGAAGGAUCCCAGGGAGUUUGCAUGGCGUGACCCGGAGCUGACGGAGGUAAUCACCAUGCUGCAGCACCACUUCCCCUCGGUGCAGGCCAAUGCAGCUGCGUACCUGCAGCACCUGUGUUUUGGUGAUAAUCGAGUCAAGACUGAGGUGUGUCGACUGGGAGGAAUUAAACACCUGGUGGACCUGCUGGACCACAAAGUCGUGGAGGUUCAGAAGAACUCUUGUGGGGCUCUGAGGAACCUUGUUUAUGGCAAAGCUAUGGAUGACAACAAGGUCGCAGUCAGGAAUGUAGGAGGCAUCCCGGCGUUGCUUCGACUGCUGAGAAAGACUGUUGAUGCUGAAGUACGGGAGCUCGUCACAGGAGUGCUGUGGAACCUCUCGUCGUGUGACGCCGUCAAGAUGACAAUCAUAAGAGACGCCUUAUCAACUCUGACCAACACUGUGAUCAUCCCUCACUCCGGGUGGAGCAGCUCCACCUUCGACGAUGACCACAAGCUGAAGUUUCACUCCUCCCUCGUGCUGAGAAACACCACUGGCUGUUUGAGGAACCUGAGUUCAGCUGGCGAGGAAGCCAGAAAACAGAUGCGCACUUGUGAGGGCCUGGUUGAUUCACUGCUCUACGUGAUUAAAGCCUGUGUAAACACCUCUGACUUCGACAGCAAGAUUGUGGAGAAUUGUAUUUGCACUCUAAGGAACCUGUCCUAUCGUCUGGAGCUGGAGAUGACGCCAUCUCGAAUGGCAGGUGGGGACGAGGUGGACGGCCUGCUGGGCAAAGAGACGCCCAGUAAAGAGGUGGAUUCCAGCUGCUGGGGCAGGAAGAAAAAGAAGAAAAAAAACAGCGUGCAGGAAGACUCUUGGGACGGUGUAGGGCCUAUUCCAGGCUUCUCCAAGUCUCCCAAGGGUGCAGAGAUGCUGUGGCACCCUUCAGUGGUGAAGCCUUACUUGACGCUGCUGGCUGAGAGCUCCAAUCCCGCCACUCUGGAGGGUUCGGCUGGGUCUCUUCAGAACCUGUCAGCUGGCAACUGGAAGUUUGCAGCAUACAUUCGUGCAGCUGUGCGUAAAGAGAAAGGCCUGCCCAUCCUAGUGGAGCUGCUGCGGAUGGACAACGACAGGGUGGUGUGUUCGGUCGCCACCGCUCUGAGAAACAUGGCACUGGACGUCAGGAACAAGGAGCUCAUAGGGAAGUACGCGAUGAGGGACCUGGUGAACCGCCUCCCGGGGGGAAACACCACCCUGCUGUCGGACGAAACCGUGGCAGCCAUCUGUUGCACUUUGCACGAGGUCACCAGUAAAAACAUGGAGAACGCGAAGGCCCUGGCCGAUACGGGCGGCAUCGAGAAGCUGGUCAACAUCACCAAGGGCAGAGGAGACAGGUAUUCUGUGAAGGUGGUGAAAGCAGCAGCUCAGGUGCUGAACACACUAUGGCAGUACAGGGACCUGCGUACCAUCUACAAAAAGGAUGGCUGGAACCAAAACCAUUUCAUCACCCCGGUGUCGACACUAGAGAGGGACAGGUUCAAGUCGCAGCCCGCGCUCCCCACCAGCACCGUUCAGACGUCUCCAGUCAGUCACCCCACUGCCAGUGCAACGUCAUCUCCUGCAGUGCUGGGCAUCAAAGAGCAUAGAGACACUAUCAGAGACUAUCAGAGAGCUCAGUCGACUAUGCAAUUUUAUAAUUACCAAGGAGACAGCAGUAAUCCUAAAAAGCAGUAUACAGGGUCUGGAAAAUCACCGUUAUAUUACUACUCAUCACCCACAAGGGAAGAGCCCAGAAGAACGCAGCCGGUGUAUUACACAGAAGAUCCAUACAGGAGGAACUACGAUACGUACAGAAUGUACCUGCAGCAUCCUCAUGGCUAUGACGACUCGUAUUCAGAGGAAGUCAUCACCUACCCUCCCACAGUGGACUACAACUCCCAGCCUCACGGACUGAAAUCCAACACCAACUAUGUGGACUAUUACGCAAGCACACGGAGGCCUUCUUACAGGGCAGAGCAGUACCCAGGAUCUCCUGACUCCUGGGUAUAGGUCUGGGGAUGCCGCCACGUUUCAACAUUGGACUUGUUCCCUCCUUGGUGGUGGAGGUGAUGGGGGGUAAGGAGAGGCCUCUUCACCCUACAGUGGAGGCGAGGAGUACACAUGAAAUAACAACAUUUUUCAUGAACUUGGCUUUCUAGGCAUUUUCGCUCUAAAGUGGAUAUGUGUGUGUGAGUGUGUGGAAGGGAGUUGAACUGAGUGGUUGCAGAUGGACUGAAGGGAUGUGUGCCAAAGAAGGAAAUCAAGGAAUGUUUAAGAUUAUUUUUCAUUUGGGAGAUGGAAUCAUGCUGGGAGUCUGUUAAGGAAUGACGCUGAACACUACAAUGAGAAGAUGUGUGUCCUGUGGUGUGUAGAUGUUAGUUUUAUUUUCUUUACGGAGCUCUUAGCUGUGAUAGCAUGGUGAAAGGUGUGAGUCAUGUAAGCGAGGGUCCGUGGUAAGAGUCAAGAAGUGGGAAGCGUGUAUGUGCUGAAGUCAAAAUGAAUCAUGAACUCAUCUGUAAAAACUGAAGAAAAAAAAGAAUAGCUAAUGAUUUUAGAUUGUACAGAGGGAUCAAAUUGUAUCUGUACGUAUUGUUGAAGCUGUCAAAUGCCAUUGAAUCUUGUACAUUUCUUUCAUUUUAUUGUAAAUACAGAAAAAAAAUCAUGUCAUCUGGUUUACAUAUCAGCACUGGUUAAAAAAAAUCAAAAAACAACGACAACUUGUGCCAUAGUAGAAGUCUAAAGAUAUAUAUAUAAAUAUCCAAGUAUGUGGACGAAGUUGGGAUUGCAGCAACCAUGUUAACAAAAUAAAGGUCAGUUUUGUUUUUUUAAA